UUACUCCAGCAGAGAUAGUGAUACUACAUAGGACACUGAGGCAGAAACUAAAAAUUUUCUACAUGGACAUGUCAUGUAAGCGUAUUCUUGUUGAUCUUAGGAUGCAUGGAACUGACGUCUGUUGGCGUGAAAGCAAGUCAUGAACAUGUCUGUAAUUUUGGCAUUAUGAGGACUGAUUCUAGAAAAUACACCAGCCAAAAAAAAGAGAAAGAAAACAAACUGGCCACAUCUUGUUUUAUUAUAUAAUCUGAUAGAUAAGCCAGUUAUGGUUCUUUCCACCAUUUGUACUGAUUCUGGCUUGUAUACAGGCAACUUGGAAGACAAGCAGGGUUGCACCCUGCAAUGUCAGCCCUCAACAGUGAUAGCAACAUGCAGCAGCUAGUCCCUAUAGCACCACCAGGAGAGGCUUCUUGUGGUGGUGACAGUGGGAAGGAGCUGGUUGUGGUGGAUCCUGCAGGAAAGAGUUCAGGAGGUGUAAAACUGCGAGAGGAUGAGGAGGAACUAGAGGUGAAGCUCAGGCGCAUCAUGGAAAAUGCCCCUGUGCGUGUCAGUAACACAUCAGGCUCCUCUGCUGGCUCUGGCUCUGGUGAUUUCCACCAGUACCGGCAAAUGAGGAGGCGAGAGCAGGACCGGAUAGCGCGAAUGGAUGCUGACUACCAGAAGAGAAAAGAGAUGGCUGAGUACGAACUACGGAGGGUGGAGAGGCUGAAAGCAGCCGAGGAGCGGACAGCCAAGAAGCGCCUGAAACGGCAAAAGCAGAAGCAGCGUAAAAAAGAGAAGCGAGCUAAAACUGAUAAUAAUGGUGGCGAAAAACCUAACAGAGUGGAGUCAUCUGAUGAGGAUGAAGGUUCAGAUGACGACGAUGGCAAGUCUACACGUUAAUUUCAUUUGAAGACAAAUUUGUCUAGUAUAUUGCCUGUGCUAAUGCUACAGUGACAUUGUUUUUAUAUAUUUUUAUGAAAUUAUUUUACAUAAAAGUAUACAAA